AUGUUUUCUCUCUCUACUCUUCGUUCCCACUCGCGGCGAGGCCGAUGCGACCCACUUUCCCUCCGCGGAGGCUUGUCGCUGUCGCGCGUCGUCUGCGCCCUUGUCUCGCCUCUCGUCUUCGCGCUUCUGGCCUUUCCUGCGCGUGACUCCUCUCUCUCUCCGUAUCGCCAUUUUUUGCUUUCUUCGCCUCCUCUUCACUCGCUGUCUCUCGCGCUUCCCGCGUCCGCGUCGCCUGUCGCUGACUGGGUUGACCGGCUGCCUUCCGUGCCCUUCUUCGCUUCCUAUGGAAACUCGACGUGGUUUUCUCUGGACGGCGGCGCCGCGCCGGCUGCGGAAGCGCCUCCUGCGGUCGCCGCAGCCUCGUCUCCUACUGCAUCGCCCGCGCCGGGGGCGGGUGCUGCCUCCGAGGACAAGAGCGCGGCGAGCGCCUCCUCUGCCGGCGCGGCCUCCACUACGCCUCGUUUUCCCAGCGCCGCCGCGACUGUCGAGCCGCCUGGCACGUCGCCGGCGGCCUCGCAGCCCCCCGAGCUAGUGCGCGACGAGGCGGCGGAGGCUCCGGAGGCGAAGAAGGAGGAGGAAAAGUCGUCGCCUUCGAAGCUCGCGACGGCGGCGCCCGCGGCGCCUGCAGAAGGCCUAGCUGCGUCCUUUACGAACGUGAACAUGCUGCUGCUGGCGCUCUGUCUGCUUUGCUGCUUCGGCUUCGGCUACUUGAUUCACAUGAACGUCAUUCGGCACCUGCCUGACUCGGGCGCGGCGAUGCUCAUCGGCUUCGUCUUUGGGCUCCUCGCCCGCGUCUUCGGGCCUUCGGCGGCGGAGAACUCGUUCCUGCACUUUGACCCGCAGUUCUUCUAUUUUGUGCUGCUGCCGCCCAUCGUCCUCGAGGCCGGAUUCUGCCUGAACAAAGCCGCCUUCGUCUACAACCUCGGACCCAUCCUCAUGCUCUCCAUUGCCGGGACGAUUCUCUCGGCGUUCAUCAUCGCACAGGUGACCUUCGCGACCGCCCACAUCUCCGGGCUCGAGGGGCCUGCGCACGAAAUCCGCGGCUUCUCGUGGGCGUUCGCGUCGCUGAUCAGCGCAACGGACACCGUGGCUACGCUGAGCAUCAUCGGCAGCCCUAAGUUCCGCCUCGGCAAGAAGGGCGUCGACCUCUACAGCAUCCUCAUGGGGGAGAGCGUCCUGAACGACGCGGUCUCGAUUGCGCUCACGCGAAGUGUCCUGAAGCUGUUCUUCACUGCCGAAGCCGUCGUUGCGCAGAGGGCCUCCGGGAUCGAUGUCAUCGCCGACUUUGUCUCCGUCGUUGUCGGGAGCUUGAUCAUCGGCUUGGGGCUCGGCGCAGCCUGCUGCUUUUGCUUUCGACAUUCACAGCUAAGAAGACUUCCGGAGUACGAAGUCGCGAUCACGCUGCUGACCGCCUACAUGGCUUUCGGCGUCUCCGAGUGGCUGGGUUUCUCCGGCGUCGUCUCGCUCUUCUUCUGCGGCGUGAUGCUUGGGCAUUUCAACAUGCACAAUCUUUCGAAGAAGUCGCGAUACUCGAUUGAUAUCGUCUUCAAGACCAUCGCCCUCAUCAGCGAAAAAACAGUCUUCGCCUACCUCGGCGUCGUCGCGGCUAUUGGGAUCGGAGAACGCGCGUUCAACAUUUGCUUCAUCCUCAUCUCUCUGAGCGCGUGUGCAAUCAGCCGCGUCGCCUGCGUCUUUCCGCUCUGCUUCAUCAGCAACAGAUUUCGGCGCGAGGAAGAAAGAAUCGACUUCAAGCAGCAAAUCCUCAUGUGGCUGGCAGGCCUCCGCGGCGCGGUCGCGUUCGCCCUGGCGAUGACGAUUCCCUGCAGCUUUGACAUGUGGCGAGCCGUCUGUCGUCACAACAAAGACUUGGUGAUCACAACGACGUUGGUGCUGGUGGCGGUCACGACGCUGGGCGUCGGCUCGGUGUUGGAGUACUCUGCUGUCAAGCUCGGCACAGUGCAGCGGCGCCGCGAGCCUGCGGGCGGCGGCGCGCUCCUUCCGCACUCGCCGUCGGGCGCCGAGGGCCUGCUGCUUUCUUCGGCCUCGUCGCCUGCGGACUCCAACGACGAAGGCGCAGCUGAGCCCGACGAGCCCACUGCGGAGAUGCACUUUGCACUUGAAGACGGCGACCGCGAGAAAGGCAGCGAGGAAGAAGAGGCACAGCCAAACUUUGACGCCAGCGGGAGGCCCCUGGGAGCAUGCAUUCGCUUCCUUUACCGUCUCGACCGCGAGUACCUACAGCGCUGGUUCGGCCGCGACGACACCUGCGGCGCCUCUCAGGCGGCUGACGCGUUUGCCGCCUCGUCGUUCCCUGCGGCGCGUUCAGAGGCUGCCGCCCUCGAGCAAGCGACAGUCACCGCAGUCGGUCCGCAGCACCACGAGGAAGGAGACAUGCUCAGGCGCUGGUCGUUAAAGAAUCCCGCUGGAGUGUGA